GAUAUGUAGCGCUGUCGUUCCCAUACAGGAUCAAGUCAUUUUGUAAAGUAAGAAGAGCGGGAUUGGUUGUAAGCAGUCAAAUCUAGACGAUCAUUGUCGAUAUUAAUGUAUGUGGAUUUUAUUCAUAGUAGUUUCCAUCAUAUCUUAGAGACAACUGCUCCACAUCACUUGAUUAUCGAUCCUUGCGAAGCAUUUUUGAAUUCUUAAAACCCUCACAGUCGAUUUGUAAUCAUACGCGCAUAUGGAUAAUAGUACAUAAUGCUGAUCUGGAAAUAUCCCGUCAAAGGGCAAGGAGAGCUGUAAAAGAGUUGCGGCACGGCGGGGAAAUGUUCUUUUGCAAUCAGAAAGCAGUUAAUCCGAAAAAAUUCAUUAUUUAAUAAGAAGUCUUCAUGACUGUUUCCGCGUUAUGGAUACGAGCGGGUGUUAUUUACUAUCAACACUGCCUUAAAUUAACCCGUGGCCGACUCGAGUGUGAUAAGUAGCAAGUGACAGUUAUAAGAUUCCAGUGCUCUGGUGUUGUUAAUGUGUUCUUGCAGUUAUAAUUAAAAACAAAGCACCGAUCCUGAAGAAAAUAGCUAAUAUUUGCUUAGGCAAUCAAUUUGUUUAUGUGUGCGCAUUUGUCGGAUUGCGCCCAUGUACAAAUUCUAAUUCGGAUUUGGAACAAAGAGCUAUUGACGGAAUGUGUCACCAGCAUAAUCGCCUAAGACAAGAUUAGCCCUUACUGCUUGCUAGCAUUGUGUUCAAGCCCAGACAGCUGAAGGCAAGGUUACAAUACUUUCAUCACGGACAACGCAUAUCUCAGAUCGAGCUGCAUCUGCAGUGAACAGUCAUGGCUUCCUUUUCCAUUAAACACAUCCUUCAGCUGGAGCGAUCGUCAUCCCCCGAAAGGGUCGAGCACAGAGGGGGCGAGUCUGUACUACCAUGUUGCUGGAAAUCGCCCGUGUCCAGGUCACCUGUAGAGGAACCAAGAGCGCUGAUACCUUGUCCUGCUGCCUGCUACUCCUGCCCUUGCUGUGAGCGUCCUCCGUACCGUCCCGUCACUCUACCUCAUAGUCACCAUUAUCCUUCUCAACCAAUACAAAGCGCUGCCUACCACCCUUCCUUACCCUGCAUUCCUUUAUCUUCAAUAAAAACAUCAGUUGGCUCCUUGGAUGUGCCAACUAGCGGAAUAAAACGACGACAUCGAACGAUUUUCACAGAUGAACAGCUUGAGAUUCUUGAAAGAAUGUUCGAAAGGACUCAUUACCCUGAUGUGCUUGUCAGAGAACAAAUUGCAAACAUGAUACAACUAACAGAAGAGAAAGUUGAGGUUUGGUUUAAAAACCGAAGAGCAAGAUGGAGAAAGCAAAAGAAAGAGAGGCAAGUCAAGCAGUACCAGGAUAUCAGGCUUGAAGAAAGCACACUUCGCCACGAAUGUUUUGUAAACGAUGGCGAAAAGCAUUCGACUGGACUGCAGUCUGAAAAAGAGAAAGGCAGUACAUCUAAGUUCUGGACUGCACGAAACGAUCCUGAAAUUUAUCACAUAGAGAAGAGACAGUAGCCGCCAGUCAAUAUUGCCUUAGACUGAUAUGUGUAUAAAUCCCAACGAAAUUAGCUAUCUAUUGUUUCUUUGGGGAUGUGCUAUUUAUUGAACCGAUGAAAAAGGUAUAAACAAUAGCCUUAAUCAAAUUGAUUCAAGUUAGAGCAAUGUGGUAACUACGUCUUAGUAUAUUGCUUGUGAAACUUUUUUCUAAGUUUCAGGUUGAGAUUGUUAGGCCUAUAUGUGCUCUUUACCUACCAAUUUGUUUUCAUUUAUCAAUUUCCCCCAACUUAAUUACUACACUCUUUAUUAUUCAGAGCAGCUGUAUUAGUACAUGGGCCUCAAAAUUGGCACAAAAUGAGGACAAAUUAAGAACAAUGUAACUUUGAACAAAGUUGUGAGACAAAGUUGUAAAAAAUUUCAUCUAAAAACGAGGAAUUGUUUGACAUCAAGUAGCGCUUUGACGGUGAAUUAUCAUAUUUGUCGGCAAAUAAAGGAUGUCUUACUCACUUUGUUGGCAAAGGGGCAUAAACAAUCCCUUUGAGCACAAUAUUUGGCGAUGGUGCUUCUUGCACCCUAAGAAUCUAAGAAAAAAUAAGAACAAUCGAGCCUCAAAUUUUUGAAAAAAUUGAGAACAGCCAGUCUGAACUUUAGUUUAAUUGUUCUCAUAAAAUCGAGUAUAAUUUUAUUCAUUCAAGCUGUUUUACUGUCCUAGUUAUUAUAAAAAUGCGCCAUUAUUUACUGUUUCACGAGAAAUUAUUUGACACAAAAUGUCUUUGGUAAUAAAUUUAUAUAGCUUAUGCUCCUCUCAUGCUGUUUGAUUAAUAUCAACACUUCCUUUUUUCUUAUUUGUAAUGUCUUCCUCUCAUUUGUACUGUCCGACCCGGUUGAUGUUUGUACAUUUUGCACGAAAGGGCCCAACCUUUACGAUUUUAAUUUAGGUAUGUCAUAAAAUUAUGCCUGCAUAUUAGUUUGAAAAAGUAAUAUAAUUAUUGUAGUUGUAAAGAUCGUGUAAAUAUGAUGUAUGUUGGCUGUAGCAAUCAUCUAUGAAUCUGUUGUUUUUCUA